GAAGUGGAGACCCGCAGCUGUUGUGAAACCUGUGUUGACAGUGGGACGAGUGGUGUGAAUACAGUGUUGAAUGCUGCAGAUCACGGGAUGGACUCCAGUGGGAAACCCUCAACCGCACAGAUUGUGGUUUUAGCCACCAGCUCUGCCCUGACUGCGCUCUUUUAUUCCAUCUACAAGAGCCGAGCUACGACAGUUGCCCGAUUAAAGGGAGCCAAGAAAGUCUCAAUUGACCAGGAUUUAAAAAACAUCCUGUCUGAAACUCCUGGAAGAUGUGUACCAUAUGCUGUCAUAGAAGGUGUGGUGAGAUCUGUGAAGGAAACUUUGAACAGCCAGUUUGUUGAUAACUGCAAAGGUGUAAUUGAAAGACUGACCCUGAAGGAGGAAAAGAUGGUGUGGAAUCGCACCACUCAUCUCUGGAACAACACUGAGAAAGUCAUCCACCAGCGCACCAACACAGUUCCAUUUGUCCUCGGGUCUCAUGAUGACAAUAUCGCUGCCGCAGUACGGGUUAUACGUCCACUGGACGCAGCAGAGUUGGACCUGGAGACCACCUACGAGAACUUCCACCCCACUGUCCAGUCCUUGUCCAACGUUAUCGGCCACUUCAUCAGCGGGGAACGACCCAAGGGCAUCCACGAAACUGAGGAGAUGUUGCGGCUCGGAGACAGUGUCACAGGUGUGGGAGAGCUCGUCCUGGAUAACAACCUGAUCAAACUGCAACCACCCAAACAGGGCUUCCGUUAUUUUCUCACUCGGCUGGACUAUGAGUCUCUUUUCAGGAAGCAGGAGAACAGCGUCAGACUGUGGAGGAUUCUCACCGUUGUUUUCGGAGUCGCGGCUUGUUCCACACUCCUCUUCAUCCUGUGGAAGCGAUACGUACACCACAGAGAGAGCAAGAAGGAGAGGAGCAUGCUCGAGGACUUUAAGGAGCAGCAGAAGAAACGUAUGCGUGAACUCAACGUAGAGGAAAGCAGCGUGUCGCCCACCACCUGUACUGUCUGCCUGAGCCGCGAGCGGUCCUGUGUGUUUUUAGAAUGUGGACAUGUGUGUGCCUGCACCUCUUGCUACGACGUCCUGCCAGAGCCAAAGAAAUGCCCAAUAUGCAGGGCGACUAUAGACCGGGUGGUGCCUCUUUUCAACAGCUAAUGUGGAAAUAUACAAAGGAAGUCUACGCAGGAUUUUACUGUCAUAAAUACACUGGAAAUAUGUCAUUCAAAAGAUGGCGGUUCAGGCUUUAAAAGGCUGAUAUGGGUACAUUUUGAUGCACUUUUGCAUUAUAAUGUAGAAAUAGUAGGUAUCUGUGCUGAAUCACAUUUCCCAUUAAAUGUUCAAAUCAGUGUUGAAACCUGUAAAAAUAGAGAAAAUGAAAUACCUGUUCUUUCCUUUCAUCUUGAGAGAGAAAAUUAGAUAUUUUCUUACUUAGACACUGACAAAUUCAUUGGAUCUUAGAAGUUCAGAACAAGAGUUUUUCUAUGAAUGCACUUACGUUUCUAAGAGCAAGUCUGCAUGCUCACACUGAAAAGCAAGAGACACUACUUGUGUGUUGUAAAUGACACAAUAGAAAUGUUUUGCACUUGAAAUAAUUCAAUAUGAAACAUUCAUAGAGCAUCCUUGUAAUGUGCAGCAAUAGUCUACAGCUCUUACCUUUAUGCCCUCUUAGAUUCAUGGUACUAGGUGGAAAUCAGUUAACGAAAAUACAUUUUGCUGCUGCUGGAAUUUGCUACUCGUGAGUACUUGUUAAAUCUCAAAGCAGAAGCAAAAAAAAGAGAGAUAUUUAGAGAUAUUUAUUGAGUGAAAACAGGAAGAGGAGAAAAACGACAAAAUUAACUUUCAAGUCUGUGUUUUACAGUAUUUUCCCAUUUAAAUAUCAUCACUCGUUAGGGCUGGGCAAUAUGACACUAUAUAUACUAUACUUUUGAGCGGUCGUGUGUAUCAUUAUCCAGACAUGGAAUUACCUUUAUCAAGAUUUAGGAAGAUUUUGGCCAACCUCACUCAUUCUACAUUAUUUACUUGUCAGGGACCAUGUUCAAAAAUGUUUAAUUUCAUACAAGAGAAGUGAUUAAUUGUUGACUGUUCUAAGAACAAUGCUUUUGGAAAACUCUUCAUUUAAAUUAUAUAUUUUGCUUCGUGUAAGAUGCUUUUAGAAAACAGUGUCCACUCUCUUCUCAGUCUUUAAGUUUGACUUUGGAAGUACAGGCUAUUUGGUUUUUCUGAUCAUUCUUUCAAUGACCUUACGUUGGGAUUUAGCUUUGGUAAGGCCUUGCAGUUCAUUAAAGGUUAUAUUUUGUGAAGCACAGACGAGCCAGAGUUUGGGUGGCGGGGAGAUAAUUGUACAAGCUUCUGUCAGGUUGUUUCGUUGUUCUGGGUAAAGGGAGCAAGCUGACCCUUUUUCUGUUUCUGUUUCUUUUUUUUUACUUUGACUCACAGCAGCUGCUCAUGCUCCACAGAUUUUGAACUCCGAGCGCACAGGGCAUGAGGCAACACAUGUAAAACUUGUUAAAGGACACUUUACUGUACUGGGACUUCUGCACCAUCACAGCCAAUGAAUGUUUUUUUCUGGCAAUAAACUCAUUGUCUAUUUGAAACUGAAUAAUAUAGACAAAUGAAAUGUAGACCAAAAUACUAAUUGUUACUCAGUCGUGUGAAAUAAAGACACAAGAAUAAAACUGUUUGUAGAAGAUUGAGAUUUCUGCCAGGAGAGGGGGAUGUCUGCCUGUGAGGAAAAUCAGUGAUUCAGGAUUUGUAAACAGAGAGCACAAGAGACAAAAAUGUGAUGCCACAUGUUCCCCCGAUGCAAGCAGCUGUUUUUACCUUCAGCUGUUUUUUAUUGUCUUCAACGUUGUUAUAUGAAGAACAAAAUAUAUAUAAAAUGCCAUUUAUCUUAAGUGCUUGGCCCUAUACAGUAUGCUCAGUUUGCUUUUGUUUCAGUCACAUAAAUUUAAUCAGUUAAUGAUUCAAGACAUCUCUUCAUUUUAAGUCAGAGGGCAAAGAAAAAUCUAUAUUCUACUCUUUUUUUUUUUUUUCCUUUUAAAUUGCUCAAGCGUAUUUUUAGUCAGAAAACUGAAGGGCAAAGGACAGAGACCGACUGAGGGCAGGAUUGUAUGCUUCAGCACGAUUCAAUCCCUUGCCAGCAGGGAUGCAUAUCCCACUCGAGAGGAGGUCGUCUUCAGGCAGUUUGAGCACAGUAGAAAGCCUUUGUACUCUCAAACGAUUGGUAUUAUUUUUAAAAAGUCCCAUUUUAUCAUCCCACAUUAUGCCAGGAAAUCUCAGACGUAUAAUUUAACCUUGUACGGCACCGUGGCACUAUUAGUAUUCACCGACUUGCUCACAGAAAUCUAUUUUCCAGGAGUGAGUCGUUGCCGGCUGGUCUCUGAAGGAACCUGAGCUAAAUGUCAGAUAUACAGUGUAAUCAGGCAGGAAGAGCAUUAUGCACUCCCUCUUGUAGGAAGUACUGUAUUGACACUAAGAGCCUCAUCAGGGCCACUUUACCAUCAGGCCUAUUACUGACCCUGAGCUACUUAAAAAUAUUCAUGAUGCUCCUUUUCUUGGAUUCUGUCAUUUCUUGCAUCAUUAUUAAAAUGUUAGCACUGUG